GGCGAUGUGACAUCAUAAAGCUGCGCCGGCGCUCCUGCAUUUGUUGUGAUUUGGCUGAAGAAAGGACAAAGAAAAAAAACUCCUGCUGAGUCAUCUGAGAUCCACAUGACACACUGUUAUAAAGAUGGCGUUUAUUAAAGAGGAGAGUGAAGACAUAAGGAUUGAAGAAACAUUCAGUGUCAAACAUGAAGAUACUGAGGAACAAACAAAGAUGGCGUUUAUUAAAGAGGAGAGUGAAGAUUUGAAGAUUGAAGAAAUAUUCAGUCUGAAGCAUGAAGAUAGUGAAGAACAAACAGACCUGAUGGCACUGAAAGAGGAGAGUCAAGAACUGAAUGAAACGAAAGAGAAAGAUCAAAAUGAGAAACAUGAUUUCAAAACUGAAGAAAAAUCCAUUAGUUGCUCACAGACGUCCUCACCAAAAAAAGCUAAAAAAACACAAAGCACAAACCUUAAUUCCCACGUGAGAAUUCACACUGGAGAGAAACCUUUUAACUGCGAACAGUGUGGAAGGAGUUUCACAAGUAAAGGAAACCUUAAGACUCACAUGCAAAUUCACACUGGACAGAGACCUUUCACCUGCCAACAGUGUGGACAAAUGUUCAAUCGAAAUGAAAGCCUUGAAGUCCACAUGAAAAUUCACAUUGAAAAGAAGCCGUUCAUAUGUCCUCAGUGUGGAAAGUGUUUUACCUGGAAAAGUCACUUUAAUGUCCACAUGAGUACUCACACUGGAGAGAAACCUUUCACCUGCUCUCAGUGUGGAAAGUGUUGGACACGUAAAAACCAACUUAAUGCCCACAUGAAAAUUCACACUGGAGAGAAGCCUUUCACCUGCAAACUGUGUGGAAAGAGUUUCACGCAUAAAUCAAAUCUAAAGACUCACACGAGAAUUCACACUGCAGAGAAGCCUUUCACCUGCCCUCAGUGUGGGAAGAGCUACAGAUAUAAUGUAAGCCUUAAUAAUCACAUGAAGAUUCACUCGAGAGACAUUUUUAAAUGUCAUCUGUGCGAAAGGAGUUUCACAGACACGAAUCACCUUAAGAAUCAUGUAAUAACUCACAUCAGAGGAGAGUCUUUCAUGUGCCAUCACUGUGGAAAAAGUUUCUCAAGAAAAGAUACCCUCAGUGUUCACAUGAGAAUUCACACUGGAGAGAAACCUUUCACCUGCCAACAGUGUGGAAAGAGCUUCAAUGUUAAAGUAAACCUUAUAACUCACAUGAGAGUUCACACUGGAGAGAAGCCUUACAAGUGUCCUCAGUGUAAGAAGAGUUUCACAUGUAAAAGCAGCAUGAAACAUCAUUUGCAAACUCAUUCUGGGAAGAAAUCACCAUUUUCCUCAGAGUGACAAGAUUUAGAAAAAGGAGUGAUUUCUACAAUCAUCUGUGCAUUCAUUCUGGAAGACAAUUCAAUUGUGAAAAAAAGUCGUAGCAAUAUGA